AUGGAGAAAGCGGAGCUGUUGUUUCGGUUGUGCUCGUUUGAGGAGUCACCGGUUGAGAAGAAGGAGUAUGUCAAGCGUUUGAGAGAGUGUUUGGACGAGGUUCCUGCGACUGUGUCGACGAAAGAUGUUGAGCUUGCGAAGGAGGCAGGGGUGGAGGACGUUUCUGAGGUCGAUGGUGGUGAUACGGGAACCAGUCCGUUGCACAAAGUGUGUGAGUCUUUUAAACUGGAAUGGAGUGAAGACGAGAAGAUAAUGGAGACUGCUCUUGGACUGAUUGAUAAUCUUUUUUAUUACGGAGCCAAUUGGAUGAUGCUCGACGAUAACAACGAGACUCCAGGCUGUAUAGCGCUCCGAAGGGGGCUGCCGGACUCAAUUUACCAGCGAUUCGUGGCUGCUGGUGUGCGUGCUGAGGUGUUUCUACGGAAGAUCAAGGAUAUGAUGGUUGAUGACGAGGACGAGGUCGAGGACGAAGAUGUGGAAGUGGCUGAUGAUGAUGAAGAAGAGAGUGGUGACAAGGACAAAGCUGAUACUGAACCAAGUGCUGAAGUCGUGGAUGAGACUGAGAAAACAGAAACCGAAGACAAAAUUGAAGUUCAAGAAGAGAACGGCGAGCAGUCGAGAGAAGGAGAUACCGCACAAGACCAGACUGCCUAUCUCAGCUCGUCCCUGCAGUACGAAGACGGCCGACUGGUCACUGAAAACCAGAAAGACGGCGUGAUGAUGGACUGGGAGACUCCUAUUAUGGAGAAAAGCGCCGAGAUCAUCUGUACCGCAGCUGAAGACCCUGCUUCUGAAAACAUUGUGCUCAAUGUGGGUUUUGGUAUGGGUAUCAUUGACACCAUAAUCGAGGACAAAUACCACCCUACCAAGCAUUAUAUCUCCGAAGCACAUCCCGAUGUGCUAGCCAAACUCAAGACCGACGGAUGGUACGAGAGACCCAACGUUGUGAUUCUUGAGGGUCGCUGGCAAGACACCCUGCCAUCACUGAUCAGUCAAGGUGUGAAUUUCGACGGGAUCUACUACGACACCUUCUCCGAACACUACCAAGAUAUGUUAGAGUUCUUCGACCUGGUAGUAGCACUUCUCAAACCCACGGGAGUUUUCUCGUUCUUCAACGGUCUUGGAGCCGACAGACAGAUCUGCUACGACGUAUACAAACAAGUGGUCGAACUGGACAUGCAAGACUAUGGUUUCGAAGUCUCAUACACAGCUAUGCCCAUCGACGACCACCAGGCCGACCAAACCUGGGAUGGCAUCCGCAGACCCUACUGGACUCUCAAAGAGUUUCUUCUCCCGAAAAUCAAGUUCCUCACCAUCGGUAUCUAA